GGGCAAAAAGCACACACCUGGAGAUCACAACGAAUACCAAAUAUUCGAGAAGCAGACUUGUAUUCCAUCCCUUCGUUUUUGAUACUUUCAUCCAUCAUCUAAAAUGCUCUUGUACUGUGAUAUCAUCUCCGGUGACGAACUCUUCUCCGAUGCUUACCCCGUCAAGGAAAUUGACGAUGUCGCUUACGAAGUCGACUGUAAGAUGAUCCAAGUCGGUAAUGUCGAUGUCGAUAUUGGUGCCAAUCCUUCUGCCGAAGGUGGUGAAGAAGAAGGUGCUGAUGAAAACGUUGAAACUGUUAACAAUGUUGUCUACUCUUUCCGUCUCAACCCUACCAGCUUCGACAAGAAGUCCUAUAUGGUCUACAUUAAGGGUUACAUGAAGGCUCUUAAGGCCAAGCUCCAAGAAAAGAACCCUGAACGUGUUCCCAUCUUCGAAAAGAAGGCUGCUGGCCUUGUCAAGAAUAUCUUGGCUAACUUCAAGGAUUUCGAAUUCUACACUGGCGAAAACAUGGACCCCGAAGGUAUGGUCGCUUUGUUGAAUUAUCGUGAAGAUGGUGUCACCCCUUACUUCACUUUCUUCAAGGAUGGUCUUACUGAAACCAAGCUUUAAAUAAAUUGCUGGGAUGUUUACCAUCAUGUAUAUUCAUAACUUUCGUCAUAUUUUAUGAUAAUCUCUUGUCAUUUCGGUGAAUUCAAAAACAAUAAAUAGCUGAGCAUCAUGUUUCUUUUCGUAUCAAA